AUGAAAAAUUAUAAUAAUUAUUUAUUUAAUAAAUAUUUAUUUAUAAAAAUAAAUAAAUUAGGUAAAUUUAAAUUUUUUAAUACAAAAUUAGAAUAUUUAAAUAAAUUAAAUAUAAAUUUAUUUAGUAAUAAAUAUAAAAAUUUUAAUUUAAAAAUUAUUUAUAAAAUUAUUUCUAUAAAUAGAAUUUCUCAUACAUUAUCUAAAGGUAGAGUUAUGAAUUAUAAAAUUACAUCUUGUUGUGGUAAUAAAACAGGAUGGUGUGGAUUAGGAGUUUAUAUAAAUAAUAAAUUCUUUAAUACUAUUGAGUUAGCUAAAUUUAGAUCUAUUAAUAAUAUUUAUAUAAUUAAACAAAAUUAUAAAAUAAAUACUUAUAGUUAUUUUAAAUAUAAAGGUUGUAAAAUUAAAUUUAUUAAUAGAUUUAGAGAUAAAUUUAAAUUAAUGAAAGUAGUUAGUUCUAUUUACUCUGUAUUAGGUACAAAUAAAUUUAAUUUAAUUUCAUUUUAUUCUAAAAAUAUUAAUAUUUUAGUUAAAUUAUUAUUAAAUUCAUUAGUUAAAUUUAAUUAA